AUGCGCUUUCACUGUCUUUUGACUACGAUCGGUGUCGUUGCUUCAGUGGGAGCAGUGAAUCUUGAUCCUUUGCGAGUGAAAGCUUUAGCGAUGUAUACCAAGUCAUCUGAUUUAGCAGACGAUGCAAGUAUCAAGCUGCUCAAAAGGGGUGACUCUGUUGAAACGGCGGUCGACCUGGUGAAGAGCAUCGCCCCUAAUGCGACAUUUCGAGUUAAGGAUGACAGAUAUCUGGGAACAAAUGGCCUCAGUCACGUGUUCCUUCAGCAAACCGUCCACGAUGUAGACAUCGAUAACGCCAUCUUCAAUGUCAAUAUCGACAAAGGAGGAAACAUCUUUUCAUAUGGAAACUCUUUCUUUGCAGCAGACCUUCCAAAAGAGUCUCCGAAGAGUCUCCGACUGACCCUAGAUCCCGUUGGGGCCCUGGAGGCCGUUCGCAAGACCCUGGAGUUGCCAAUUCAGGUCCCAAAUAAUGCAGUUACCGAAUCAGUUUCUGACGAGCAAGAAAGCUAUCUCAUCAAGAAUGUGGAAGGUGCUGAAACGGACCCCGCCGCUAAGCAGGUGUAUUUAGUCAAGCCAGACGGUAAAUUGGUGCUCGCAUGGAAGAUUCAGACAAUUGUGAAGGAUACAUCCUUUUCAUCCUAUGUGGAAAUCGGUACUGGCGCUUCAGAAGUAGUUGCUGUUCUUGACCAUGUGGAUUACUGGUCAUAUGAAGUCUACCCCUUUGGUCUCAAUGAUCCCCGCGAGGGCGAGCGCACAACACUUGACAACCCGCAAGACUCAACGGCCUCGCCUUUUGGCUGGCACGAUCCUAAGAAUAUUGUUAGUGGCAUGUACGACACAGAAGGCAACAAUAUUAUGGCCGGAGCCGUACCAGUAAUACCGGGGAACUUCAAAGAGGCUCGGAGUCCAAAUGAAUCCUUUAUUUUCCCUUAUGUGCCUGAUGCCGGAACUCCAGACGACUUUUAUGAGGCCGCAGCCACGCAGGCAUUUUAUACCACAAACAUGCUCCAUGACCUGUAUUAUCUGUUGGGCUUCACACCAGCCGCUGGAAACUACCAGAAGGAUAACAAUGGUCAAGGCGGAAGGGGAAAUGAUCCAGUCCAGGUCAACUUGCAAACAGCUGGAGGGAAGAACAACGGAAACUUCCAGCAAUCGGCAGAUGGUGGUCGAGGAAUUCUCACGAUGUACCUCUUCGACCACACCGAUCCAGAAAGAGAUAGCGCGUUUGAUAACGGAUUUAUUAUUCAUGAAUACACUCAUGGGAUGUCGGAUCGCCUCACUGGUGGAGCGAGCACCACAGGUUGCCUUAAUGCCUGGGAAGCUGACGGCAUGGCGGAAGGAUGGAGUGAUCUCUUCGCUGCAGCACUUACUAUCAAGCCAAGUGAUACUUCUGAUACAGCCACUUAUGGAUUUGCAGCUUGGUCACUUAAUCAGACAGACCCCCCAACAGCGCGAUUGAGGAUGUACUCUACCAAUAUGGACGUAAACGAAUUCACAUAUGCGUCGGCCAACGGUCUCACGAAGGUACACGAAGUUGGAACGGUUUGGGCUACGAUGCUAUACGAAUCGCUAUGGAACCUCAUCAACAAGCACGGCAAAAACGACAAUCCGCGGCCAGAUCUAGUCAAUGGUGUCCCGACUGAUGGCAAGUUUCUGAUGCUGAAGCUUCUGAUCGAUGCUUUCGCAAUCCAGCCCUGUAACCCAACUAUGGUUCAGGCGCGAGACGCGAUCAUUGAUGCAGACGUUGCACUGACCGGCGGAGCGAAUAGAUGUGAGAUUUGGAAAGGCUUCGCAAAGAGGGGGUUGGGCGCCGGUGCGGUCACUGCUGACCCACGUGUCGACAAUUUCGACUUGCCAGAAGGUGUGUGCUGA